AUGCGUUUCUCUACCGUCGCUGCCACCGCUCUGGCAGCCAGUCCUGUCAUUGUAGCCGCAGCCAAGGGCAGCAUGGGCUUUGCGCUUGGCACCAAGCAGCCUUCCGGAAGCUGCAAGACGCAGACUGACUACGAGGACGAUUUCGAAGCCAUCAAGCGCGCAUCUGACGCGACUAUUGUUCGUGGUUACUCUGCCUCAGACUGCGACUCAGCGAAGAACAUCAUGCCCGCCGCCAAGAGCAAGGGUUUCAAGGUCGUUCUUGGUAUCUGGCCUGAUGUAGAGGACUCCUUCCAGAAGGAUCUCAAGGCUAUCACCGACGUCGCCAGCACCUAUGCCGACUCCAUCUACGCCGUCACCGUUGGCUCCGAGACUCUCUACCGCGGCAACUUCACCGGCCCCGAGCUGAAGGAGAAGAUCAGCACCGUAAAGGGCAAGCUGCCCAAGGGCAUCAAAGUUGGAACCGCCGACUCCUGGAACAAAUUCGCCGACGGUACCGGUGACGCUAUCAUUGGCACCGCGGACAUCAUCAUGGUGAACGCCUUCGCCUUCUGGCAGGGCGCUUCGCGCGACAACGCAACGAAGGUGUACUUGAACGACAUGUUUGAGGCGAUUACACACAUUGAGAAAGUUGCCGGUGGCGUUGACAAGACGCCCGAGAUCUGGAAUGGCGAGACUGGAUGGCCCACCGUCGAGAACACCGACUACGAAGCAGCCAAGGGUGGAUUGGACAACGCUAAGCACUUCUACCAGUACGGAUUCUGCUCGCUGCUCGAUUGGGGCUACAACGCUUUCUACUUUGAGGCUUUCGAUGAGUCCUGGAAGCCGGCUUCCGUUGGUGACAACGGCAAGGUAGCAGAUGAGACUGCGUGGGGUGCCAUGACUGCGCAAAGAGAAACCAAGUUCUCGCUCGUGUGCGAGUCGAGAUCCUGA